CUGCUACUGUGGGCUAACCACCACCUUCGUCUCACCCAGGAUGAAUCCGACCGGCAGCCAGACGUCGCGCCUGCUGGGCGCUCUCCUGGGAACCUCCGACGCGUCGCAGGCCGCGACGCCCGCCCGGCAGCCUCUCCAGCUCUUCAACAGCCCCGUUCCUGAGGGCUCUGCCGCGCCGAAAACACGGACGGCGCAGCUGCUUGAAAACGCGCGCCGGACGCACAUGGGGUCACUCAUGAGCUCCGCUGCGCUCUCCGACGCGAGAUUCCUCUCGCAAUCGCUCUCUUCGGCGCCUGCGAUGGGACUUGGAGCGGGUGGUGCGGGGGAGUUCAAUCUCAAUUACGACGUGGAAACGCCGCUCAGGGCCAUAGAUCUGGGCGGAGACGAUCAGGCAGAGCAGAUGUCUGCCUUCGUCAGUCGGGCGAUCGACAACUUGAGUCAUGGGGUCACGGUCAGCGAGGCUAUGAAAGAACUUGGACUCAACAAUAAGGAUGAUGUUGUUCCUGGGAUGGAGGCGCGAUUGCUGCCCCAUCAGGCCAUCGGAGUGGCAUGGAUGCUCCAGAAAGAGAAGGGUCCGGACAAAGGUGGUAUUCUCGCGGACGACAUGGGUCUUGGCAAGACAGUCCAGAUGAUCGCCACUAUGGUCAUGAACGUUCCCGCCGAAGACGAGCAGACGCGGACAACUUUGAUUGUUGUACCCGCAGCUCUGCUUCAGCAGUGGAAGGAAGAGAUUGAAACCAAGACUAAUAAUAUGUUUUCGGUAUGGGUACAUCACGGGAUCGAAAAACUGAAGAAACCAUCUGAUGUCAAAAAAUACGAUGUCGUCGUUACCACCUACCAGACAUUGUCAAUGGACUUUCGUGUUCCCCAAGAUGUGGACCUGGGCAUGGAAUCCGCCUGGCUCGUCAAGCAUGGGGGUGUCCUUGCCCGAACUCGUUUCCACCGAGCAAUCGCGGACGAGGCCCAGUACAUCAGGAACAGGUCGACCAAGGCGAGCAUCAGUCUUGCGUACGUUCGAGCCAAGUAUCGCUGGAUGCUCACGGGUACACCCGUGACUAACACACUCGCCGACUUGUACGGGCUGCUCCGGUUUGGCCAGUUCCGGCCAUGGAACGAAUGGAAUGACUUCAAUACUCACGUUGCGAGAGUCCAGCUUGAGGAUGCUGCACUGGCAGGCCAACGAGCCCAAGUGAUUCUCAAGCCUAUUCUUUUGCGGCGUACGAAAAACUCGACGCUCGAAGGCCAGCCGAUACUUGACCUGAAGGCCAAAGACAUCGAGAUCGUCAGGCUCAAGUUCACCGAUGCAGAGCGGGAAAUCUACAACUGCUUUGAGGCACGCACAAAGGUCAGAGUGAACAAGUUCAUUCGGUAUGGCACGCUGGUUAAGAACCAGGCUGUGGUCUUGGUCAUGAUCUUGCGACUUCGGCAACUCUGUUGUCACCCGCAUCUUAUCCUGUCUAUCGCCAACGGGCAAGGAUUCACCGAUCCGACGCUGCUUGUAGGCAGCGAUCAGGACAAGGAGCGCGGCCGGGCUCUCAAGUUGAUGGGGAGACAUUGGGUUGACUCGGUCAAGAGGCGAUUCCUCAUUCGAGCCAACGCUGCCAGGGACGACGAGGACGAAGCCAAAGCCGACUCCGAUGUCUGUCCCGUUUGCAAAGACUUGUUCUUGGAAGAGAAUGGCCGCGUUCUGCCUUGCGGACACGAGAUCUGCUUCGACUGCACCAUGGAUCUGAGCAACUCGGCCGUUGCGCACGACGGAGUAUUCGGCGAAGGGGACGAGAGCCAGAACGAGGCGCAGGACAAAGCCUACGAAGAGGCCACAGCCAAGGGGCUCCGACCCUGCCCGACAUGUAAGCGAAUGACCAACAUGCGGGGGGACAAAGUCUUCAAGGCUGCUGCGUUCGAGCCCACGGAGGACGAGCUGAGCAUGCACAACCAGGAGAAGCGCGAAGUGAGACGGGAUGCUAAACGGGCGAGGCACCACUACCGGGUCUCGCCAGCGAGGACGUUCGAGGAGAGUCGCAUUGAUUCAGAUGACGAUGACGAACUGCCCCCUGUUCCUGUCCUCCGCCCGAAGAAAGAGCGCGAUGACACGGCGACGGAUUCGAUUCCAACUGGGGCGAAGCGCGACGCCAAAGGCAAGAGCAAGGCGCCGCCCAUCAAGAAGGGGGGCAACGCCGACGCGGACGACGACGACGUCGAUCUCCCGUCGGCUGCGAUCAUCUCGAACUGGGAGCGCGGCGACGACGACUUGGAGCCGAGCACGAAGAUGCUGGCGAUGAUAGACAUGCUGCAGGAGUGGGAGUCCACGGGCGACAAGACCAUCGUGUAUUCCCAGUGGACGUCGAUGCUUGAUCUGAUCGAGAUCCUGUUCUCGAGACACGGGAUCCGCAGUCUGCGCUUCGACGGGAAGAUGAACCAGCAGGAACGCGACGCCGUGCUGUCGACGUUCAAGCGGCCCGGCGGGCCCAAAGUCAUCCUCAUCAGCAUCAAAUGCGGGAGUGUCGGGCUGAAUCUCGUUUCGGCCAACCGCAUCAUCAAGUGCGUUCCCGCUGCAUGUCUUUGGCGUGAGCGCUGGCUGACGGAGACGACGCCGACGGCAGCAUGGAUCUGAGCUGGAACAUCGCGGCGGAGUCACAGGCGUACGACCGCGCGCAUCGGAUCGGGCAGUCGAAGAAUGUGUGGGUCAAGCGCCUUGUCGUCGAGAACACGAUCGAGGAACGAAUGCUGCGGCUGCAAGACGUCAAGCAGGGGCUCGCUGAAGCGGCGCUGGGCGAAGGCACCGGCGGCAGGCUGCAGAAGCUCAGCGUGAAAGAGAUCAAACUCCUGUUUGGCAUGUCGAACAAUCCAUAAGACGGCCUUCGAGGCCACACAGGCACUGGGGCAACAUCCCCGUGAUAUGAUACCAACCUGCUCGUAUACAUAUGUACUGGGCGUAAUUAUAAGCAUCAUGUAAUUAACCGCUCACUGAUACCCGACGUCGCGCGACUCCAAACUCGAAA